AUGGAUCCAGCCCAACUCCGUCGCAAGGACACUACCAAGGGUCCUCCGCUGCGGAUCCUGUCGCUAGAUGGCGGUGGUGUUCGUGGCUACUCCAUGCUUAUUCUCCUUCAGGAACUUAUGUAUCGCACUUAUGUUGAAUGCGAAGGCAAACCUCCACGCCGCGACCAAAUUCCUAAACCAUGCGAUCACUUCGACUUGAUCGCCGGCACUGGCACUGGCGGCUUGAUCGCCCUGAUGCUCGGCCGCCUCCGCCUAGACCUUGAGACUUGUAAAGAGGUCUACGUGCGUAUGACUCGCCGAGUCUUCGAAACCGACAAGACCAUCGCUGGUAUCCCGUAUCGCUCGACUCUGUUCAAGGCUUCAAAGCUCGAGGAGGCCAUCCGGGAAUGUGUCCGGGAACAUACGGUGUUUGAGGCGGAGGGAAAUGACACAGGAAAUGCCAACCCCCGGGAUUCUAUGGCCAGUUUACCAUAUAGUCCAGUCUCUGUUCCUCAGCGUUCCGUCAGUCGGGGGAGUUUCAGCACCUCUGCUGCUUCGCAUCCAAUGACCGCAACAAGCCAAAGAGGUUCCGCUUUCCUCAAUGGUUUGCGCUGGGGUAAUCCAAAUGCGCUGCUUUACGAUAGAAGAGAACACAGGACUAAGACUGCCGUCACUGCUAUGUACAAAGGUACACCGCGCAAAGGAUCGGCUGUCCUUUUACGAUCAUACGAUUCCCGCCGAGAACCCCCGCCUGAAUUCGAUUGCACUAUCUGGCAAGCAGGGCGUGCUACAUCCGCGACGGGCCUUGCAUUCAAGCCCAUUCAGAUUGGUCAACAUCACUUCAUCGAUGAGGGUCAUGGCACAUAUAACCCAUCGCCGCAGAUACUUGAUGAGGCUAUCGUGAACGAGUGGCCAGGUCGGGAAGUUGGUGUUUUUAUCAGCAUGGGAACUGGAAAGCGUCCGGCUGGUACCAAUAACCGACAACAUGAGUGGUGGGAAGAUUUCUUCGGUGACUCGUUGGGCACAUUCGCCGAAGCGCGGCGUCGAUUGAUCAUGAAGAUCGAGGGCUGCGAAGAUAUCCACACUGAUAUGCUCCGAACCCACCUCGCCAAACGCAAUGUCAGCAAGGACAAUUAUUUCCGCCUCAAUGUUGAAGUUGGGGUCGGCGAGUUUGGUAUGAAUGAGUGGAACCGACUGGCCGAUAUCAGCACCAACACACGACAAUAUCUGGCUAAGCCUGAAGUCAAAAAGAUGAUUUUAGAUGCCGGUGUUAGAUUUGCCAAGAUCGAGCGGAUGAACCGCCGUUUGGCGAGCCAUGCCGCAGCUGGCGGUGAUCGCGACGAUUUAUCUUUCGAUCUUGAGACUGAAGAGCUUUCGCUUUCUUCGCCCGUCCAAUCAUAUAUUCCACCUGCGCAUUUCGCUGUGGAGUUGCCCGCAGAAUUACCCGGCGACUUCGUUGAUAUUGCACAUCACCGUGCAUCCUCACACACGCUGCCACCCAUUCCAUCUGCGGUUACCAUCUCACCACCGGAUGACUCGCUCCCGGUUCAUCCCACACCGCAGGAUAAUGUAUCUACUUCCCCACCCCAGAUAUCUAGCGAUUACCGCCGAAGCCAUGACCAUAUUCGGCCGAGCUCGCAAGGACAGGCGUCUCCCGUGCGUAGUGAUGAUUACUUUGCAACUUUUAAUGGUAUGCCACCACCAAUACCGCCCAAGACACCCAUUCCCUACCCGUCUCAAGACAAUGGCGGUGUUGCCAUGCCCGCACCGCUAUUUUCUCGGCCGCAUUCUUCCAGUUCGAACCCCAUGGUCCGACCGCCAUACCCGGUUGAUGAGCCGCCGCCGAUGGUCAACCGGCAACGGAAGCCUAGCUACCAUGUACGGUGA